AUGCUCUCCUAUUUGCUUUUGGCUUUCGUGUUGGCCGCCUCGAUUCGGGCUGAUUGCCCACCCGGAUCCCAGCAAAUCCCCAACGAGUUCAUCUGUGUUUAUGCAGUGUCUAACGGUUCAUCAUUCGAUUCCGCCUUCGUAACUUGUGAACAACGCGGCGGGUUGCCUUUCGAGAUCAAAAACGUUUUCGAGAAUGCUUACCUGAGAGCACUUAUUGACAUUUUCUUCAACGGAUCGCCAGCGUUCAUUGGUGUGCAGAAAGGAGAGGGAAAUCGAUGGGUUUACAGCGACGGAACACCAUUGAUCUACAACAAUUGGGGAAAAGGACAACCAGCUCAAUCAAAUCUCGCUUGUGCUCAACUUGACUCGGCCACAGCUGAAUGGUCAACCGUGUCUUGUGCUCAAAAACUCCCAUACUUCUGCCAAGUCCCUUACUAUCAAAAUCUCAACACCACACUUGCUCCAAUUAACUCGACGUCGACUCCUUUUGCCAAUUCGACGAGCUGGCCAUCUAACUCUACACAGACUCCAUAUGCUAACUCGACAAACUGGCCCUCCAAUUUCACUUUGCCACCAGCCAACACCACCAAUUGGCCAUCCAAUUUCACUUUGCCACCAGCCAACACUACUAACUUCCCGUCCAACUUCACUCUGCCUCCAGCUAACUCCACAAACUGGCCUUCUAACUUCACGCUGACUCCAGUUGCUAACUCGACGAAUUUCCCCGGAAACUUCACCAACUCUCCAAGCAAUUUCACAAAUCCGAUCUUCAGCAACUCGUCAGUCACUUUCCCAGCUCGUCAAAACUCCACCGUCGUGCCAGUGGGCAACUAUACCGUGGCACCAUUCACAUUGGCUCCAAACGUGACACUUCCUCCAUUUGUCAACCCCAACUCGACCAACACUCCACCCCAAACAUCAACCACUUCAUUUGAUCUCGAGCGAUUGGUUGGAAAAGCUUUCAUGGCGGGACUGGGCUUGGUCAAUCAU